AUGCAUUUCAAUUUUUGUCUCAUUUCAUUCCUUUUCGUGAACUUAGUAAACUGUCAGCAGAAGAAGUUGCUGAAAUACUUGUUUAAUGAUUAUCACAAAGAAUUGAGACCCGUGAAAGAUGAAGCAUCCGGUGCAACGAAUGUUACAGUACAAUUGUACUUUAAACAAAUUCAAAAAGUUCACGAAAAUGAUCAGAUCAUUACUUUGUAUUGUUGGAUAGAAGAGUAUUGGCAAGACGAGUUUCUUACUUGGGAUCCCGAAGAUUAUGGCGGUAUAAAGUCACUUCAUGUGCCGUCGGAAAUGAUUUGGAAGCCUGAUCUUCUUGUAUAUAAUAAUGCCAAUAUGAAUAUUAAAGGAAACGAAAUGCAAACGAAUGUUCAAAUUGAAAAUACGGGAAAAAUUUCCCUGUUUCGGUCGAUUAUUACCGACAUUACGUGCGAUCUUCAAAUGGAAAAGUUUCCAUAUGAUCAGCAAAUCUGCUACAUAAUGCUCGCUUCAUGGUCGUACGAUGGAUCGCAGAUAAUGCUACACACCGCUGAAGAACCGACACAAACGCCAAUAGACGUCAAUAAUAUAUCAAGUAGUACUAUUUUAAAUCAUUAUAUACCUAAUAUGGAAUGGAAGCUCAUUGAUUUCCGAUAUCGAAAAAAUCUAAAAUUCUACGACUGCUGUACCAAUCCCUAUCCGGAUAUUUCGUAUUUCUUUGCCAUCAAAAGGAAUCCUUCAUAUUAUCUGUUCACUUUGAUCAUUCCUUCAGCGUUUAUAACCAUUGUGACAGUUAUUGGAUUUUUUACGCCUCAUUCAUCCACCGGGGAAAAUACUGAAAAAGUUAGUCUUGGUGUCACUGCUCUGCUAUCAUUGGCCAUUAUAUUAAUGAUGGUGUCGGACAAAUUGCCAGCAACUUCGAAUUCGGUCCCUCUGCUCGGACAAUAUUAUAUUGGCUUAAUAUUCAUCAUGUUCUUGGCAACAUAUUGCACGACGUUCACAUUAGGCAUUCAGAUGCAGGGAAAUGCUGGUCGCCCAAUAACCCGCCGACUUCGCUCAUUCCUAUUGUCAAUUCGAAUGAAUCGCAACUCAUUUCUGAUUUGGUUUUUUGGAAGGGAAUUGAUGAACACACAGGAAUCGAUCAAAAUGCGACUCAAGAAAUAUGAUAAACUAUCAGCUCUCAAGAAGGCAUUUGCGAGUGAUUUCAUCUCAUUUCAGCAGAAGUUGUUCAAGACGGAUACCAAAAUGAAUAAGCAGAACCCGGCUCCACUAGUCGAGCAGGAUGUGAUUGACUGCUCAAAACAAUCAGAUCCCGCAAUGUAUAGUGUUCUGAUGGACAUUUUGAACGGAAUUCAGGCGAUUCGUCAGGAUAUGAUUUCUCAGGAACAUUUAAGAAGAAUACGCAAAGAGUGGCAAAUGCUGGCAAGAAUGCUUGAGAAACUCAUUAUGUGGUUUUUUACAAUAUCAACCGUUAUUUUUGCAUCGUUUAUGCUUUAUGACACCCAGGAUCCUACGUAUAUAACUGAUUCUGUUAUGCGAACUAAAAAGCGCAAGAUGGUUGAAAUCGAUCACGAGAAGAAAAUUUUGAUUGGAUUUAUUGCUGGAUCAUUUGUUGUCUAUCAUACGGUCCGUCAAAUUUAUUCUCAACUUUCUAAACCGAAGCUUUCUGAAUGGAUUCCAGUUGGAACUGUAGCAAGUCUUCAUCUUUACCCAAUAAAAUCUUGCAAGCCGGUUGAUGUUUUUUCAUUCAAAUGUACAAAAUUUGGAGCUGCUCUGAAAGAAAUGGAAGACCGCUCAUUUUUGGUUGUGGACGAAAACACUGGAAGGUUUUACACUGCUCGUCAAAAGCCAUGCCUUGUGAAUUUGCGUUCAAUCGUAGAGUCUGGUAUUCUUACCGUGGAGGCUCCUAACAAGGAUCCGGUUCGAAUUAAUCUUGAACAAGUCGUGAAAAACAAUAAAAUUCUUCGUGCCACACUUUUCGAAAAUUUGAAGCAGGAUGGUUUUGACUGUGGAGAUGAGAUUGCAAAUUACAUAAAGGAGUUUAUCCAAGAACCAAACGCAAGAUUAAUCUACUAUAAAGAAGGAUUGUAUACUGAAAGAACAGUUGUUCCGCAAAAAGAAUGGUGGAAUAAUCCGGUUCCAAACAGAAAGGAUGAUGCUCGUUACUGUGAUUUGGCGCCUUUUCUUCUGAUAACUGAUGCAUCUUUGGAAGCACUUAACGAGAAGUUAACCGAUAAAGUUACAUUCCGCAAUUUCCGUCCAUCAAUUCGAAUUGCAAACUUUGAACCAUGGGAGGAAGACAAAUGGGCUCAAAUUAAAAUUGGCGAUGCUUUUCUUGAAUGUUUUGCUCCAUGCACGAGAUGCGUUUUGACUACCGUGGAUCCUGUAAAAGGCACAAUGAGUCCAGAAAAUCAACCACUGAAAAAACUGCGCGAGUUUCGAUUGGCACCAGAAGGACAAAUGCGUGAUGCACACAAAGACAGCCCGGUGUUUGGCGUUUAUGCUGCAACCAUAAAUCCGGCAUACAUUCAUGUUGGACAAACCGUUUACGCCCGGUUCAAAUCAUCUCCAUUCUAA